GACGUAUCCGUUCUCUUGAUCAUUGCACGCACGUACUGGAAGCGGGGUUCAAGCUUUCAAGACUGCCAAAAGCUCCACUACCAUGUCUUCCAAGUCAAUAUUUCAAGAGGAGAAAAAUCCACGGGGAAUUCCAAAAGCUCCAUUCAUUGCAAAUGUCGAAGAAUACCUGGGCGGUCCAGAUGGCGGAGUCGAGGCUCCCUUAAAGAAUUUCCAGGAUGCCAUCGCGAAGUACCGAUAUAUGGAUGCCAAUCUAACGCAACGACGAAAAGGUCUGGAAGACAAGAUCCCUGACAUCAGAAAGACGUUACACAUGGUGGAGUUCCUGCAAGAACGAAGAGAAGGCAAGCAGAAGAAUGACGAUCUGGAGGAUGAUCUCAGCGACGAGGAAAACACCGACGAUCCCAAAAAACCACUCACCACAACAUUCGAACUAAAUGACACGCUUUUCGCGGAAGCAGAGCUUGAGGACACUGACACUGUUUAUCUAUGGCUAGGGGCGAACGUUAUGUUAUCCUACAAGCUGCCAGAAGCUGCAUCACUCCUUCGAUCCAAGCUGGAUCUUGCAGAGGCCAGCCUAAAAGCUACGAUCGAAGACCUGGAGUUUCUGCGAGAGCAAUUGACGGUGAUGGAAGUCAACACUGCUAGAGUUUACAAUUGGGAUGUUAAGCGGAGAAGAGAGCGUCGACUAGCUGGAGAAGCUGAUGGAAAGAAGGGCGGCUAGUAUUUGUUAUCAUUGCACUGCCUAAUUUUCGGUUACGCUUUAGCGCUCUGAGCCUCUGACAUCAACUUUACUGUACUUUCAAAGAUUCGAUUUGCAUAUAGCUCGGCGGCCUUCGUUCGAUCCGCUUGAGCUUACAUGACCCUUAAGAGCUGUAGGUCCUCGCUACCUGGUGUUGUGCAAGUUUGUUGUCUCUGCGCUAUCGCUUGUGCUCUGUACUUCGUCUGCUGAACUUGGCGGUAAAGCGAUGAUAUCUCGCCUUGAUCUCACAUGUAGUUUUGAAGUACUACUCAACUUGAAGCUGGACAUGGGCCUGUUGCUAACACAUGUAUUGAACCUGACAUAAAUUGAGAAUCGAAUCACCUUUGUGCGGGUUCCGAGAGAGCUAUCUCGAGAGCCGUAUCGCGAAUGAUCACUAUUAUUAUAGACCCACGGUCCACGGCCCGGGAUGAGCGCUCCGCGGAACG